AUGGAUAUGGUGGAAAGCAAACCGGAAAAAACGACGGAUUUGGUGGAAAGCAAGAACUUGCCGUUUGGUGUUGAAUAUGCUCGCUCCUCACGGUCUUCUUGCAAAGGAUGCAAGGAUCUCAUUGGACAGGACUCAUUACGCAUGUCAGUUCGCGAACCGAGCCGAUUCUUCGAUGGCCUUCAGGAUAAUUGGUUCCACUUCUCAUGCUUCUGGAAGAGGAUCAAGCCUGGUAAAGUGCAAAUCAAUGAGAGAUCAAUCAGAGGAAUGGACGUGAUUAAAUGGGACGAUCAGGAGAGAAUCCGUGAAAAGAUCAGAGCAUUUAUGAGUGGGAAACUUACAGAGUCGUUUCCCGAUAAAGCGUUCUCGGCUAUCAAAGUAGAAUAUGCAAAAACGAGCAGGGGUAAAUGUUUUGCUUGCAAGCUUCCUAUCGCUCAUAAGGAAAUGAAAUUUGGAAAGCUCACUAAUUGGUAUCACCAGCAGUGUCUCUUCAAAGAUGUGAAGUUUGGAGGCAAAAUUGAAGAUAUGGGCGGCUUUUCAUAUCUAAGUGAUGAGGAUCAAGAGAAUUUGCUGACUUCACUAAAGAACUUUGAACAGGAAGAUGAACCCGAUGAUUCGAAAGAAAAUGUCAAGGAGGCAAGCAAGUAA